AUGAGCGCUGCCAGCGGAUUGUUGUACGCCCAGAAGGCGAUGUUUAUUUGCCGCGUUGGCGUCUGCGCGAGGUUUGCUGCUUCGCAAAGGAGAUGGGAGCUGGUGCGGCAGACUAAGAACCACAAUGCGAAUUACCAGGUAUCGAUUCCCGAAAAUAAGGCUGGAGUGUCGAAGUACGUGAUACCCAGCGAUUCGGGUGCACUUUUGGUUGACGGAAGGAGGCUGACACGAGGGGAACGCAUAUAUCAGGGCAUAUCCAUAGGUAUGUCACCUCUAGAGGGAUCCAAUCAGUGUCUAGGGUUGCCCGUUAUCGCAUUUGUUGCCGCUCUAGCCGUGCCAGUUGGGCUUGUAACGCUAUUCGCGUUCAAUGGGCGAAGGAGGAUCGAAAAGGAUAUAACGAAAGUUCAGCAAAUACCUCACGUCGUGGAAAUUCCAUCGCCAAUAAAACUGUUAGCGGCGAAGGAGCUUGCCAAAUUGAUAUACGUCAACAAGCCCACGAUUGUAGUCUAUUACCGACCGGGGAGCAACGAUGAGGAGUCAAACAGGCUAAACCUGCUUUUCGCAUUGCUGACAGAGAUCGCAGCAGUUGAAGGGUCGCCGUUGAACGUUUAUAGAGUGAACGUUCAAAAUGAGUUCCAACACUUCAACCAGCACCUCAGAGAAGAAAUUAAACAAUCCCCUACAGCGUUAAUACAUCUGGUGAUACCACAGGAGAAGGAAUCCAUGGUUACUGCCGUACUCCCGCCUGUAUCAGCUACGUCAUUUGUCGACCACCUCACAAAACAACUGGGCAAUGCAGGCAUAAAAUUUACAAAGGAUAAGGCCGCAACUAAAAUAUUAGAUGACAAACUCGUUAGCAUCAAACGUUGCAUGUUUGACUUGAAGAUAGAAGGUGAAGUGCUCUUUGUCGGCGGUCACAACUUCUUGCAAUUGGAGAGAGAGUGCAACAGGCUGAUGCGCUGCUCCGACAAACUUCCCCCAAAAUAG